ACACUGCUGCAUGCCUCCCUUUAUAAACAACAAGACUAUUGCUCUUCAGAUCACACAAAAUUCAGACACAAGAGAGAGAGAGAGAAAGAGAGAACAUGGAGACUUCUCUGCAUAAAUCUGAUGGGGGAGCUGGUCCAGUCAAGGAGGAGAACAAAGCUUCCGAGUCGUCUUCGAUGGGCGACCAAGAAAGUUGUGGGGAGGAGAUCGUUCUUCAGGUUGGAGCUCCGAAAAGAGGACAUGAUCAAGAUGAGGGGGUGAAGGCAGCAGCAUCUCCAGAUCAGAAGACUUUAUUAAACUCUAACAAGCAGGGUACUCUCACCAUAACAAAGAUGCCGGAGAGAUCAUCACCUGAAUCUGAAUCAAGAUUAUCAUCCUCAUCUGCCAAAAGACAACUGGUGGAUGAUCGGAUUGAGUCAACGAGAGCGGAAAUGGAUGAAGUUAUGGAGGAAAAUCAGAGGCUCAAGAUGUACUUAGACCAGAUUCUGAAGGAUUAUAGAACCCUACAAAUGCAAUACCGAGACGUUAUUGAACAAGAAGCCAAGAAAGCUCCGAAUGUUGAAUCAACUCAUCGUGAACACGAUACGGAUGGACCUGAUCAACUUUUUGCUCUCAGCCUAGGAAUAAGUUCAUCAUCAAGUGAGAGAGUGAAAGACGAACCUCGUAAGACAUUGAUGAACGAGGAUGUCUUGGAAGGAGGAGAUAAAGAAGGGACAUUGACAUUGGGACUUGAUUGCAAAUUUGAAGCGCCUAAAAAGUUACUGACGGAACCUUCUCCGAACCCUAGCCCUGAAAAUAGCUUGGAAGAUGCGAAGGAGGAGGCAGGUGAGACGUGGCAGCCUAAAACCAUAAAGAGUGUGAGAGAUGGUGGAGACGAUGAGAUCUCACAACAGAACCCCGCCAAACGGGCUAGGGUUUCUGUUAGAGUCAGAUGCGAUACGCCAACAAUGAAUGAUGGAUGUCAAUGGAGGAAAUAUGGGCAGAAGAUUGCCAAGGGAAAUCCAUGCCCUCGAGCGUACUAUCGUUGCACUGUUGCACCAUCCUGUCCUGUUAGAAAACAGGUGCAAAGAUGUGCAGAGGACAUGUCGAUCUUGAUAACGACAUACGAAGGGACACACAAUCAUCCACUUCCAAUCUCGGCCACAGCUAUGGCCUCCACCACUUCUGCAGCUGCCUCCAUGCUAAUCUCCGGUUCAUCAACCUCGGGAACUGGGCUAAGCUCGUCAUCCACCAUCACUGCGACCACCGGGAGCCUCAACGGGCUAAAUUUCUACAUGUCCGACAAUUCAAGAUCAAAGCCCUUUUACCUACCAAAUUCAUCAAUCUCAUCCUCCCCAUCAUUCCCAACCAUCACUCUUGAUCUCACUUCCAGCUCUUCCUCCUCAUCAUCUCAUUCAAGCACCCGACUAGGCAAUUUUCCUCCAAGAUACUCGACCACAAACCUCAACUUCAGCUCCUUGGAAUCAAACCCUCUCCCGAUUUCUUGGAGCAAUGGGAUGCUUAGUUAUGGACCCCAACCAUUCAACAAGAACCAAAAUGCAACAAAUUCCCUAAGCUUCGGACCGCAAUCCCAUGAAACCCUUUACCAAUCCUUCUUGCAAAAGGCGAUCCCAAACCCUAGCCAACAAUCUCUAGCACCAGACACCAUUGCAGCUGCAACUAAAGUAAUUACAUCCGACCCAAGUUUCCAAUCUGCAUUGGCAGCUGCCCUUACAUCGAUAAUUGGCUCAGGAGGUGCCAGUUUAGGAAACCAAAACAUCGGUGAAAAACCAACUCAAAGUAGUGCCAUGGUCAGUCAUGAACCUUUCCCUAUACUAUCUAGCUUUCCAUCAACUUCAAAUGCAAACAAAUGCGCAACAAGCUUUCUGAACAAGUCGCCCUCCUCAACCAGCUCUCAACCCGGUGGAUUGAUGCUUCUUUCGCCUCCGUUUCCCUUUUCCAACUCGAAGAGUAAGCCUAACUCACCAGGCGACAGCAGGGAUCACAUCGUUUGAUUUGUCAAUUUUUCAGGUUAACUACGAUGAAUUUUGUUUAGUCGGAUUUGUAUCAUGAUGCAAAUUGUGCAUGGUGUUAUUAUUAUUGUUUUUCAACUAUUUAUUGGGUAUAGGAGAAUGAUGCAAGAUGAAGAAAAUUGUGCAUAUAGAUGGUGACUGAUGGUGAAGAAAAUUGAAUAAUGUUCACCAACUUUAGUUUGUUUCUUUUUAGGUCUUAUUCUUAAUUUCACGUAUGACCAAACUCUGUCAACAAAUGUGGAUAAACAUGUAUAAUUUUGACAGCGCGAAUACCAA